GGCGAUCAAUUCUUUGCACGCUCUCGCCCAACGGGCAGCGCUCGGAGCCGCUCUUUUCUUUUUCUUUCGGUCCAUCUUUUUGUCGUCUGAAAUCGGGGGAAGCGGCCGCUGUUGCAAGGCGCCAGGAUGCCCAAGAGAAAGGCUGCAGCGGAAGGGGCGGUGAAGGAGGAGCCCAAGAGGAGGUCCGCCAGGUUAUCGGCUAAACCCGCUCCUCCCCCCAAACCGGAGCCCAAGUCCAAAAAGGCCGCAGCGCCCAAGCAGAAGGAGAAGACGGGCAACAACAAGGAAGAGAAGAAGGCCCCCACCGCCCGAGGGAAGAAAGGAGCCAGGGCCAAGGAGGAUGCCAAGCGGGACGAUGCCAAGGAGGAGAACCACUCUGAGAAUGGAGACGCCAAAACUAACGAGGUCCCGGCUCCCGACGCGUCCGCCGAGAAAGCCGCGAAGGCCGAGUGACCCCCGCGCCCUCCUCCGCUCCGGCCCCGGGCCCACACGGCCGGGCCGUCUUGUCCACAGAGAGGAAUAUUUUUAUCAACUAUUUUAUAAACGGCGGUUUUUUUAGCAUGAAUCGGACGAUGGCACAUCUCGGGGACGGUGCGGGGGGGCCCGAGCGAACCCCGAAGACCCCCAGCCCCCGUCCCCUGUCGAUUUCGUGGUCGUCCCCGGAAGAGUAGAUGGUCAGAGCUCUCGGCCUCCCGUCCGCGCGUCCCCCUCGUGUGCAUCCCCGCUCCCCUCCGAUUCGGCCCCCCUCUCGCCUCUGUCCUGCCGUGUCCUUAAGUCAGGGAGGUCUCGACCGUCAAACACGUGUUUCACACGUCAAACAUUCCAGGGGCUGGGCAGGUGCUUUUAUAAUAAUAAUAAUAAUAAUAAUACUAAUACUGACGAUGGUAUUCAUUGAGCGCUUACUAUGUGCCAGGCACUGUACUGAGCGCUGGGGUGGAUACCGUCACUCGGCCCUUAUCCCCCGGGUGAUUCUAUUUUGCCAGUUGGGGCGGGGUGGGGGGGGCGGGAGAGGCUAGAAAUCAAAAUUGUAAUCCUGUUUUUAAAGGAAAGACAGAUGUUUAUCUCCCAAGGGCAGGUCGGUUUUUGUGGUCCUCCACGGGUAGGAAUUUUGCCGGAUUUCUCGUAAUAAAAAAGACCCCUCAAAAGUC